AUGCACCGCGGCUUCGGGCGCGAGGGCGACACGGGCGUCCACACCGUCGAGGGCACCAAGGCCGGGUCGCGCGCCGCGGGCCUGACCCAGCAGCGCGCCGCGGACCAGGAGGCCUACGAGGCCAAGAAGCGCAAGCUCGAGGAGGACUCCGCCCGGGGCGUCGGGCGCAUCGACGACAAGUUCGACUCGACGGUGCUGAACACGGUGCUCAGCGGCGGCGGCCUGCAGACCAAGGCCCAGUACGUCGCCGCGCAGGCCGCCGCGGCCGCGCCGGCCGCCGCGCCGCCGGCCGCGGAGCCCGCGGCGCCGAAGCGGCGGAAGAAGGCCUCGAAGCGGCCCAAGGCCGUGGCCCUGAGCUUCGCCGACGACGACUGCGGCGACGGCGGCGAGGGCGCCGCGCCCAAGGCGCUCAAGUGCCCGGACGUCGAGACGUCGUUCCUCCCGGACCGGGCCCGCGACGCCGCGGCGCGCGGCGAGGCCGCCGCGCUCGCGGCGGAGUGGACGGCCCUCCAGGAGCGGGCCAAGGCGGAGCCGCUCGAGGUCGUCUACAGCGCCGCGCGGCGCGGAGACCGCGGCGUGUUUCGCUACUGGGACGGGAGCGGCCACCGGCGGACGCUCGAAAUCACCAAGGGCCACACGAUCGCCAAGUUCCUCGCGGCGUCUCUGGCGCAGCUCGAGCACGAGUUCCCGGACCUGCGCCGCGUCCACGUCGACAACCUCAUGUACGUCAAGGAGGACCUCGUGAUCCCCCACCACUUCACCUUCCACGACCUCAUCGUGUCCCGCGCCCGCGGCAAGUCCGGCCCGCUCUUCCGCUUCGACGCGAAGGACGACGUCCGCCUCGGCCCGACGGACGUCCGCGUCGAGAGCGACGCGACGCACCCGGGCAAGGUCGUCAUGCGCGCCUGGUUCGAGCGCAACAAGCACAUCUUCCCCGCGAGCCGCUGGGAGCCCUACGACCCGGCCGUCGCCCGCGACGACCGCUACACGGUCAAGGGGGACUAG